CGAGUCUCACCUCCCUCCCUCCCCAUUUUCAACUUUUUAAGAAAGACAGCAAAAAGUGUUCAAAAAAAGAGAAAAGAUGCAAAAUCCACACGUAAUAAAUUCUUCCUUCCCUUGCCUGGACUGGAAUCCCCGCCAUCCCUCUCUCUCCGCAACUUCCCGUCCCUUCUCCUCUUGAACAGCCCUUUGGUGCUCCGUCCAUGUCUGCCUGCUGCUGCAACCCGACGAAGCCAUGACACUACGCUAGAGCCAUCGCCGGUCGACGCUAGAGAUGCAGCGGUGGAAGGUGGCCCUCCUAAUAGCCGUCCCCACGUGGACUUUCCUCGCCGUUUUCGCCCUCUUCCUCCGAUUGUGCCUCUGCAAGCGCAGGAGGGACCGGAACGUCGCCGACGAGCCGGCGCCUGCGACGCUGGACCAUCUCGGCCCCCGGUGGAGGCCCUUCGAUUGGACCGACCACCCGCCGCUGGUCUCGGCCGCCGUCGAGAACGGAUGGGCGGGCUUCGCCUUCACCGUCGUCUCCGACUCGGUUGCCAGGAGAGGGGCCGAGACGGGUUGGGAGAUCGGACCCGGGUCGAAGGACCUGAUGCAGAGAGUUAACUUUAACCCUGGGGUCAAGGACGGAGUUAGGUUACUGGUUUCCCUUCGGACGGUUUUGCCGCUGCCGGGCCCGGCUCUGGGCCCCCUCUCCUUCCCCCGGGAGGCUUAUUGGGAGGUCACUGUCCUAUCUCGCCGGAAAACGGAAGGUCGCCGGAGGGACGCGCCGAUCGACGGGGAGAGGACGGGGCUUAUGUACGAGGCAGGCGUGAAGAGCCGUUCGGACAACGGAGAGCGCAUCGCGAAGCGGAUGAACAGUCGCAGGCCUGGCGGGGAUGACGAUGACGACGGCGACGUGGUUUGGCUGGGCAUGGCUGUAGGAAGCGCCCAGGGCUUCGGGUUUCCCGGCGGAAUUGCUGGUUCGGUUGGGUUCAGUACCGCCGGCGCGGUCUACCUCGACGGAAAAUUGUGCUGCGAGGAUCGUGGGGAGAAGGUUUACCCGGAUACAUGCAAGAAACCCGUAUGGGGAGAGCCGAACUCUGUGGUGGGCUGCGGGUUCGACCCGUCUCGGAGGCAGGUGUUCUUCACGGUAGACUCGGUUUUGAUGAGAAACAUCAAUUGCGAAUCGGACGUCUUCAGCAGCCCCCUCUACCCAACCAUCGCCGCGAACUUCAACGCAUCGCUCCUCGUCAAUCUCGGUCAGAGUCCGUUCAAGUACGGGCCUGCCAAUUCUAAUAGGACGGCCGACCCGUGUUUCUACAGGCCCGGGGGAGGCGCUGCCGCCGGUUCUCAGGCUUCAUCCAUCGCGAGGGUCUCGCCGAACCCGGGGAUCGAGGACAGCGGGGAACUCUUCUCGAUGGGGCGAAUCGACUCGGAGUGGAUGAUGAUGAGCGGUAGGUUGAGGCGGGACGGGGAAUCGGUCGGGUUUGGAUCGGAGUGGGACGAAUCGGAGUUGUUCGAGAUAGUCCUGGAUGGAUACAGGAGGGAUUGACGAGAUUCGGCGUGGGGAUCGACAAAAGGUCACGAAUCCACCGGCCUCAGGGCAGGGAGGAGAGCUACCACGAACCACAUCCGAGAAAGCAGGCUCCUUUCUCCACUUUUUCUAGGAAGCGGGGAGAUCAAUCUGAAGAAAUUUUUUGCCCAAGUACACUGUAAAAGGGCAGGAACUUGAGAAUGUUUCAGAGCCUGAGAAGAGACGCUUUUGUUUUGACCUGCCGGGAGAUGAGAGGGGGGAAGAGAGGACCAAAUUUUGACUCUGCCUCCACCACCCAUCAUGUGCGGGUGAUCCAGGGCAGUUUGGUCAUUUGAGGGCCCAGUAGCAAAAUUCAAAGGAAGAUGCAGGGCAACGUGUAGAUAAACUCCUGACUUAAACAAGCCAUAUAUGAUAUAUCACUUGUGGAAAUGAGAGGGAGUAAUGUGCCUGAUUC